ACGUUGCGUCGUGAGGUGUGGGGCAUCAGUCCACGUGUGGUUGUAGACGGAGUCGGACGCUACUGAAACGCUUCUCUUGAGUCUUCUCCAGCAGCGUAUAAAAUAAUACUGUAUAUACCACCGUGAAUCGUGCCUACUGAGUGGUAUACCUGAACCAUGGAGCUACAGCGAAGAGUGUGCGUGGCGGUGUGGGUGUUCACUCUGGCAGUCCUAGUUAUCUGUACUCCUGUCCCUCAGGAGGAAGGUGACGGAAGCAGCAGUGGUGGGCUGAGGCAGGAACAGUGCCCACUGGGAGAGGAGGUGGAGAUGCUGGAGGGCGGCAGUGGGCGGCGGGUGGUGGUGGCGCCGGUGGUGGGCGGUUUAGGGGCGGCAGCUGCUAGGACCUCCUGCCACACUCACCAAGCCAAGCCCCUCUUCCUCAACACCCAGCAGGACGCCGACAUCCUAUACAAACUCCUUAAAGACUGCAUCAAGACAGGUAAAAUCAGCAGCGUGUGGGUACCAGCCCGUCGCAGCGCUCACUACAAGAAAAUCAACCGUCCAUUGGCUAACUCCACCGUGGCGUCAUAUGGCAACGUAGAAUAUGAUUGGAUGAGCGCUCAUUACGACAGACAAACAGACAACAUUACUCUCCUGCCUUUCCCUGAGAAGACGCAUCAAAGGAAGGGAAUAAUCUGUAUUAGAAAGGAAGAAGAGAAGUAGAAAGUAGCAAGAGAAAGGGUAGAAAGUAGCAAGAGAAAGGGUAGAAAGUACUCAAGAAUUAGCCGUUAAAAUGGAGAAAUGAAAGAGAUUAAUUAUUGGAUUUCGGUGUCUGUCAGUCGGGGUUAUUGUGUCUCGCCGCCCGACGUACAACACUGUUUUGUUUACUAGUCUGUCUGUCUGUAUUCGUGUGUCUGUCUGUCCGUCUAUAUGUCUGUGUGUCUAAUUGUUUGUGUGUCUAUGUAUCUUUCUAUCGUUUAUCUGUGUCUGUCUGUGUCUGUGUUCACCCCAAAGAGGCGGUGCAAUGCUCAGAUCAUGCCAGGGUGUACACUGUUGGCUUAACCUGACACCCUUGCAAUAUGACACCCGUCUGAUCUGACAUACCCCUGUUAGCUGACACCCAUGUGAUGUGACACCUAUCUGAUCUGAAACCCUUGUAAUCUGCCGCCAUACCUGAUGUAUUGUUGAAUAUGACACCGAUUAUAACUGACACGCAACUAAACUGACACCUAUGUAUCUGACACCCAUCAUAUGACACCCACGCGUUAUAAUGUGAGUAAUAUGUGUUUAUGUUGUAUCUUAUGUGUUGUGUUGGACUUAAUUAUUACUCUAAGUUGAAAUAAAGAUACUAUUUUAUUA